GCGCACAGAGGAGAUGGAGUGGAGUGCCUUAACUUUUUUUGAUCUUUAUAUUUUCAAUACUCCGUUCGGCUUUAAAAACCUCUUCCCUCUAAAAACGUCAAAACAUUGCCCUUCUUUCUCUGUCUACACUCUCUAAAAUAUGGCAAACAAACUAAAAGUGGAUGAGCUUCGGGACGAGCUCGCUCAACGCGGACACAGCACCACCGGAACCAAACCCACUCUGGUUCGUAGACUCGAAUCGGCUAUUCGCAAAGAAAAUAAGCAAUCAAACGAUUCAAUCAACGUUUCAGAGAGCAAGAAGAGACAUAGGGUAUCCGGAGAUGGGGAUUCAAAUGGGGCCGAGAAAAUCAAGGCGAUUGACAAGUUUCGGGAUAUGGGAAUCAAACAACUACGCGAACAAGCCACCCUUAGAGGAAUUUUUACAAAUGGCUCCAAGAAACAACUUCUUGAAACGCUUUGUGCCGAUUCUAAGAAGGACAAUCUUGAAGGAAGAGAAGAUAAAGAUGAAGAUGAAAGAAAGGAGAAACUGGUCACCGCGACCAAGAAGGGUGCGGCUGUUUUGGAUCAGUGGCUUCCGGAUCACAUUAAGGCUCACUACCAUGUACUAAAACAGGAUGAUGAAAUCUAUGAUGCCAUGUUGAACCAGACAAAUGUUGGGGAGAACAAUAACAAGUUCUAUGUGAUUCAAGUCCUAGAAUCUGAUGAUGGUGGUAGAUUCGUAGUCUACAAUAGAUGGGGUAGAGUUGGUAUAAGGGGUCAAGAUAAGUUACAUGGCCCCUUCACAUCUUGGGAGAGUGCCAUCCAGGAGUUUGAACAGAAGUUCUAUGCCAAGACCAAGAACCAUUGGUCCAACCGUAAAGAGUUCGUUUGUCACCCAAAGAGCUAUACUUGGUUGGAAAUGGAUUACACUGAAAAGGAAGAAGAAUCAGAUGUCCAAGGAAAGUCUAAUUCUACAAUGGGAAUACAACCUCGGGAGACGAAACUGGAGGCCCGUGUUGCAAAGUUCAUCUCUCUUAUUUGCAAUGUCAGCAUGAUGAAGCAACAUAUGAUGGAAAUAGGGUACAAUGCUGAAAAAUUGCCGCUUGGGAAGCUAAGCAAAUCGACAAUUUUAAAGGGCUAUGAUGUCUUGAAGAGGAUUGCAGAUGUAAUUGGUCAGUCACAAAGGAAAAAGCUGGAGCAAUUAAGUGGAGAAUUCUAUACCGUUAUUCCUCAUGACUUUGGUUUUAAGAAGAUGCGUGAGUUUGUUAUCGACACUCCUCAAAAGUUAAAACGCAAGCUGGAAAUGGUUGAAGCCCUUGGUGAAAUUGAGCUUGCAACAAAACUGUUGACUGAUGCUAUUGGGAUGCAGGAAGAUCCCUUGUACUCUCAUUACGAACGCCUUCAUUGUGAAUUGAUGCCGCUUGAAGUUGAUUCCAAGGAAUUUUCUAUGAUUGCAAAAUAUAUGAAGAACACUCAUGCAAGAACACAUUCAAAUUAUACUGUAGAAGUUGUUCAAAUAUUUAGGGUGUCAAAAGAGGGUGAAGGCGAACGUUUCAGAAAGUUCUCUAAUACAAAAAAUAGAAUGCUUUUGUGGCAUGGUUCUCGGCUUACGAACUGGACUGGAAUUCUAUCCCAAGGUUUGCGCAUUGCUCCACCAGAAGCACCUGUUACAGGUUACAUGUUUGGAAAGGGGGUUUAUUUUGCUGACAUGUUCUCCAAAAGUGCAAAUUAUUGCUAUUCAACUCAUGCAACAACGGCUGGUGUGUUGCUGUUAUGUGAGGUUGCACUCGGUGACAUGGCUGAGCUGCUAACUGCAGACUACAAUGCUGACAAGUUGCCAGAGGGGAAGCUAAGCACAAAAGGAGUUGGUUCAACUGCCCCAGAUUUCGCAGAGGUUCAAACACUUGAAGAUGGUGUUGUAGUCCCCCUUGGAAAGUCAAAGGAGCAACUGGCCCCAAAGGGUAGCUUAUUGUACAAUGAGUACAUAGUUUACAACGUGGAUCAGAUUAGGAUGCGCUAUGUUGUUCAAGUAAAUUUCAAUUUCAAGAGAUGAUCAUCAACGAUUGUGAUUUCCCAUUUUUGUUUGUUCGAAUUUGCUGCUCCGUUUUGCAUCUAUCACCGGCUGUAUUGUGGUUAGGGAGCUGAGCAAUGAUGAUUCAAUUAUGUAACUUAUUAGUCAGUACUGCACAAAAUCUGUACGGAGUAUAUAUUAUUAGAGGUAAGGUGAACUUUCAAUGGGUCAGAAAUAGAGAAUAUGCCGAGUGAUUAACUCUUAAAAUGGCUUAGGCAUUAGGCUUAUAUGAAUUCUUAAAAGUUUAAAUCUUCUCAUGUUAGUCUUUAUAUUUUCCACAAUUCUUGUAUUCUGUUCUAUUGUACACAAAAAUAGAAUGCUUUUGCGGCAUGGUUGCAUUUUAUCACAGGGUAUUCCAAUUCUUUAUCUCCA